GUAUUUCAAACUAUAUGAAAGAGGGGUUUUGCCUGCAGUUUUUUUCAAGGUAGUUUUGGGUUGUUGCUUUUAAUGUUCUUGUCAAGAUGUAAAGUUGGGCUGGAAAACGUUGUGCCCUGCGCUUCAUUGAGAUCCUGGAGGGAAGGUAGACUGGAUCUGAGAGACGCCCCACUUUUACAGCUCAAUGUUGCGAUGGAGUGUUUUGGAUGUGCAGAGAAAAGUUGGCAGAUGGUCGGGAGCAGAAUGCUUUAGAUACAGUAGACUUUGAAAUGCAAAAAGAGGGGAGGUAUAUUUAACCACACCGGAGUGGUCUGCGUAAAAAGCGCACAAUAAAAAAAAAAACGGGACUUCAGAGCGGAAUAAUGGAUAAUUUAUCCAAACAAAAUCUAUUUGUAGUGGAAUUCAACUAAUAUUUCUAUGUAAAGACUUAUGGAGGUUGACAACUGCGUCGAAAACCAACAACAUUCAUGUCGGAGGGGUUUUGUUAAACCAAUGAGUUUAGUCAUGGAUGAUCAUGGAUCCCAGCCCCAUCCACGGUGCUCUGGUCUGAGGGUGUCGACCAAAAGCAAAGCACCAACCCCGCCAGGACUCAAAAAGCUGGAUUCCCCAGGUCUCUCCCAGUGGUACCCAGGAACCCUUCAUUUAACCAUGGACCAGAAGGAGAACCUUAUUGAUACAGACCUCUCUCUGGUUGUGGUUCUGCCUGACGGUGUAGAAGAAAUGACCACAGUCCAUGGAAGCAAACCCCUGAUGGAUCUAUUAGUGACGCUUUGUGCAAAGUAUCACCUCAACCCAUCGAGCCACACCUUAGAACUGGUCACCGCCAACAAGAACAACACCAAACUCAAGCCCAAUGCUCUCAUAGGAACCUUGGAUCCGGAGAAGAUCAUACUUAAACCAAGAGGGGAGGAUAAAAAUAAGAAGACAGGUCCUCAGAUGCCCGAGGCAACUGUUCGGAUGGUGAUAAACUACAGACAGACCCAGAAAACUAUACUACGAGUUAAUCCUCGAGUUCCCCUGGCUGAACACUUACCAGCCAUCUGUGAGAAAUGUGAAUUUGACAUUGAGACUACCGUUCUGUUGAGAAAUGUUCAGUCACUGGCCCCUUUGGACUUGUCCAGCUCUCUAAAUGAUUAUGCAAUAAGGGAAGUUUAUGCAAGAGACACGAAAGGACAACCUGCUUCACCCUUGUGUCCAGCCUCACCAACCCAUGCAGUAGCAGUGACUCCAGGAAAAGAUAAAAAUCAGAAAGAGAAAGAAAACAAAGGACUCUUCAGCAAGUUUAGAAAAAGCAAGAAAAAAUCUGACCAGGCAACGACAGCCAGUGCCCCAGCUUCUCCUGUGCUUGUGAGCAAGCCUCGACCUCUCAGCAUGGCCUUACCUAGCUCCAACUCGUCUCCGUUUAGCUCCCCUACGCUACACACCGAUGUGCCAAAGAAGAGACGUGCACCACCACCCCCAAUUGUGGUGUCCCAGAGCUUCCCCUCGGACCUCUGCCCUCGCCGGAGACUUAACUCUGAACCUACUGCCCAUCUGGACAGUGACCAGAUGGCGGGUUUAAGUCGUGGGUCCUCAGCAGAGUCUUCAUUAAAGAGAACCAAACGCAAAGCUCCUCCACCCCCCACAUCCCCUAUUGCUGUUGUCCCAGAAACGGUUCCUCUGGAUGAAAGUUUGCAAGGUGGUGCAGCUGCUAACACACUGGAGGAGAUAAUGGAGCAAGAGGAGACCACUGCUUCUCUAAUGUCUGCAACUGCUAGUGAUACCCAGGGAGAGGACUGCAGCCUCAACACGUCUGCUGAUGUUUCAAUGCAUUCCCCGUCUCCAGAUGCUGAGAUACUGGCCACGAUGUCCGUGGAGAGAAAUGGGGAAGAUCAGUCUUGUGAUCUGUCCUCAGAUGGCAAUCAACUGCAGAGCACAGUGAAUAAUCCUGUAACUCUGAGCGAUGUGAGGACAACUGAUGGCACUGACUCAUCUGAACAGGCCGAUACUAGUGGUGUACCACCUCCAGUUGAAAAUGUAAGCCCACACCCGAUCUGUGAAGAGUCUACACCUCAAAGUGUCGAGGUUGACUGCAGCACUGUACCCAGCACCCCUCCGCCUGUGAUGCAGGAUGCGGAAGCGCAGGCCUCUCUUACGGAAAACAUUGUAACCCUCAAGGAGCAGACGGACAGGUUGGAGCGCCCGGUGGCCACCAGCACAUCAUGCCCCACUGGAGAAGAUGCUGAAGUGCAAACAGAUUUCCCACCACCACCACCACCACCUGUGCCUCCACAACAACACUUGGACAAGGUCCUUUCCUCAGCUGAUGCUCCUGCCUUUGAAUCAGCGGCAAAGAAGGAUAUGGCCACUGUAACGGAGGAAGUGGACUCGCCUGAUCUCAAACAUGCCUUAUCCCAGACCUCGGAGACCUUAUCAUGCCAAGACUCAACACCAAGUGCUUCUGCCACAACAAAGGCACCAUCUAUUUAUGCCUCAAACUCUGAGCCAAAGCCCAAGCCUUCCAACGAGCUUACAAGGGGCUACAUCCCCAAGGUGGGGAUGACAACGUAUACUAUCGUGCCUCAGAAAUCUCUGGAGAAGCUGAGAUAUUUUGAAGUUGCACUGACAUUGGAGCUGCCUCCUGAAGCUCCAGAAGCAGGACUUACUAUUGGGUCUCUUCAGCUGGAGGAGAGCACAGAACCGAGGGGACAGACUGAAGUCAUAAAAGAAAAAAGUGAGCUGCACUCUACUUUACCCAGGGAAGACUUACUGACUAGCACUACUAUUACCCAAGACACUGUUAAUGGAAGUAUACCUGAAUCCACUCAUUCCACGUCACCAACAACUUUACCUAAACCAGAUGAACAGAUCGCAUCCCCUGCUAAUGGGGCAUCUCAAGCAGGUUCACCAGCAGAGGUCAAGGAGAUGAAAAUUCCACCCGCAACUAAACCUAAGCCUGGUUCUUUCCGCUUGGCAAAGCACAAAAAAACACCUGGGUAUUAUGUAACCUCAGCAGCAGAAAAGAAACUCAGCGCCAGUCCUGGGCCUGGCCAGAAGGAGGCUCAAGGAAGUGCAGAGAGAGCAAAGUUACCACCCCCUCCUCUUCCACCUCCUUUGCAGUGUCAAGAGGAGACAACAGGGGCUGCUAAUGUUGAGCUGAGCCCUAAGGGGGAUGAUAAGAAUGUAGCAAUCAUGCGAAUGACCAGGCAAAGUAGUUUGCCAUCUAAAGAGCCAAUCAUAGGGUUAAGCUUGGAAAAAUUAAGGAGCUUUGCAGCCCCUAGGCCCUAUACUCCAGGAACCCCAUCCCGCUUCGCCCAGGCAGUGUCCUCUGCUGUGAGAAUGAGCAGGUCCAUAUCCCAAGGGCCAACGUCGCCGCACUCGCCUGUUACACCAUCCUUCUCCCCAAGCACAAGUAGUCGCUCAUCAGUCAUAGAGUCAGAAGGAUUAUCUGAGCUCAAGGAUGGUGAAAAUAGAGUGGUGGAUGGUGACCAAGGCUCCACUCUACAGCUGGUUGCGGUGGAACCACCAUCUUUUAGUGGGAUUGCUCAUAUAGAAGGAGAGAGCAGUCCAUAGCAGUGCCUUAAUAUUCUGACAAUAUAUCUACUGAGGAGCUUAUCCUGUCUACUUUGAGUUCUGCAGAACCCUUUAUCCCAUGACACAGAAGCAGUAACUGUCUUGUUUUACCUCUUUUGGUAGUCUCCAACAUUGUAAAUUAUGUAUUUUGAUAAUUAAUAAUUGCUGUAUUUUGGGUUAUUUUCUGGCACGUCAUUAAGUAAUAUCCCUGGCGCUGACCUGCAUAUUUUAAUGCUUCUGUUUUAUCAAGUGUGAUGAUCAUCAUGCAUUUAAUGCAUAACUGUUGUGUGUGAGAACAGAAAAUUCUAUAAAUUAUUAGAAAAUAUAUUAUCUAAAUAAUACUGGAUUUGUUGGACAGACCAUGUCUGACCUUUGGUACUUAAACAUAAAAUCUAUAUUUAAGUAUUACCGAGCCAGAAGUACACUGAUGUGCACAGCACACGUUGUUCUGUCAAGCAGUGUUGAGCUUGUAUCAUUUCACUUGCCUUUAUUAAAGUCAUUGCCUUCAGAAAGUGCACACAUGA